AUGAAGGUCUCUCGCUGCGUCUCCGUGUUGCUGUGCGCGACGGUGGCUCUCGGAUUCCCAAUUCGAGUCUUGUUCACUGGUGAUACACCGACUAUCGUCUCUGAGCGAAGUGAGAUAUCUCGGAUACAAAAGCUUCGCGCCGGGCAGUCGCAUGUCCCGCGACCGACAUUCCAGGAGUACAUUGCUCGCCUUCGGUCUGCAUCAGAAGCCACCGGUUCAAAUACCGGCGAAACAGCCGAUGCCAAGAUACCACAAGAUCAGCGCGAUUCACACUCGACUCCCUACGGGUCAUUCGUGGGCAAAUUAAUCCCAACCGACAAUCCUGAAGUUGCAAAGCCACCCACCAAACAAACCUGGACAUCCAACGGCAUCAUCACGUAUCUCAACCCCGCAGACUUUUUCGAGAUCAUCGAUAACCAUGGACCCGAGUCCGUCGCCUUGGGAUUAUUCGUUCUAGCCCCAAUCGCCUAUUUCAUUCUUGAGCUCCUCGAGCUCGCGAUCAAGUCUUGUAUCCGUGAACGAUAUCCGCGCCGGGGGCGUGAUCCCGUGCGUCUCGUGGGUCCGGAAAGACAGCUUCGGGCGUGGAGUAAUCAACAAAGAGAGAUGCAGGUGAAGAGCGAGAAUUGGUGGACUCGGCGGGCGAGGUCUUGA